CUUUCAGUUCGAUUUUCACAGCCAUUAACGAUAGAUCACAAUUUAUUUUUUAUAAAACGAAAAUCAAUCGACGGUUAGACACCACUUUUUUAUUAUUAAACUCAUCUCUCGUCAUUAAGUAAAAAAGUUUGAAAAAAAAAAUCAAUUGAAUUCUUUAGAAUUUCUAUCAAAAUGUUUCGUUUAACCAGUCAAAUUCUACGAAACCAAAACUGUUUAAUUGCAAUCAAUGCAAAUUCAAGAUGUCUAGCUUCUUCGGCCAAAUUGAAUGAAGCUCCACCAAAAGCGAAAGUUGAGAAGGCUGUAGCUCCAUCUCAAUCAUUCGUGGCCAAUUUCUUCCGAGGCAAAGUUGAAUCGUCUCAAGUUUUUCCAUAUCCAUACAAUUUGACCGAAGAAGAAAGCGAAACAUUGAGUAUGGUCAUUGACCCCGUUUCACGCUUCUUUUCUGAUAUAAACGAUCCAUUCAAAAAUGAUGAUAGCGCUGACAUCGAUCAAAAAACUUUGGAUGCAUUAUGGGAACUUGGCGCAUUUGCGAUACAAGUUCCAACCGAACUUGGCGGGAUGGGUGCAAAUAAUACACAAUAUGGUAGAUUAUGCCAAAUUGUGGGCGCAAAUGAUCUUGGAGUCGGUAUUUGCAUUGGUGCACACCAAAGCAUUGGUUUCAAAGGUAUUUUAUUGUAUGGAACGGAUGAGCAAAAAAAGAAGUAUCUACCAAAAGUGUCAACUGAAAAAGUCUAUGCUGCGUUUGCUUUAACGGAGCCAAGUUCUGGAUCAGAUGCCGCAAGCAUUCGUUCACGAGCCGUUCUAUCGCCCGAUGGAAAACAUUAUAUUUUGAACGGAUCAAAGAUUUGGAUAUCGAACGGUGGAUGGGCCAACGUCAUGACAGUUUUUGCACAAACUGAAGCGACUGAUCCAAAAACUGGUGAGAAAAAGGAUAAAAUUACGGCGUUCAUUGUUGAGCGUGGAUUUGGCGGUGUUACCAAUGGACCACCAGAGAAGAAAAUGGGUAUCAAAUGCUCAAAUACGGCCGAAGUGUAUUUUGAAGAUACGAAAAUUCCCAUUGAAAACGUAUUGGGCGGCGUGGGAAACGGAUUCAAAGUGGCUAUGAAUAUUUUGAACAAUGGUCGAUUCGGAAUGGCUGCAUCAUUGUCGGGCACAAUGGCUGCAUGUAUCCAAAAAGCUGCCGAACAUGCAUCACAACGUGUACAAUUCGGAAAGAAAAUAGAGGAAUAUGGUGCAAUCCAAGAAAAAUUGGCACGAAUGGCAUUGCAUCAAUAUGCAACUGAAUCAAUGGCAUUUAUGAUCUCGAGCAAUAUGGACGGUGGAAGUAAAGACUACCAUUUGGAAGCUGCAAUUUCAAAAGUUUUCGCAUCCGAAUCAGCGUGGUACGUAUGUGAUGAAGCGAUCCAAAUUCUCGGGGGCAUGGGUUAUAUGAAAAACACUGGAUUGGAGCGUGUUCUUCGUGAUUUGCGUAUUUUCCGUAUCUUUGAAGGUUCAAACGAUAUUCUUCGCCUAUUUGUUGCUCUAUCUGGCAUCCAAUAUGCCGGUGCACACUUGAAAGAACUGCAAAAGGCAUUGAAAAAUCCAGCAAAUAAUCUGGGACUAUUAUUCAAGGAGGUGUCAAAAAGAGCUUAUCGCAAAGCCGGCAUUGGAGGUGUCGAUCUAUCAGGACAAGUCGAUCCAAGUCUUGCCGAUGCAGCCAAGUUGUGUGCACAGUCAAUUGAUAUAUUUGGACAAACGGUGGAGAGUCUUCUUGUGAAAUAUGGUAAAAAUAUCAUCGAACAACAAUUCAUUUUGAAAUGUCUAGCCGACAGCGCUAUCGAUAUUUACGCAAUGGGUUGUGUUCUAUCAAGAUGUUCACGAACAAUUAAAUUGGGCUUGGACUCAGCUGAACAUGAAAAACUUUUGGCCAAAGCAUGGUGCACAGAAGCCGCUGAACGAUGCACACUUAAUAAUAAGAAAAUACAUGAUGCCCGUUAUACCACUAUUUAUCCUCAAUAUACACAAAUUUCGAAAAAUAUUUGCAGUGCACAAGGUGUUGCCAACUCCAAUCCACUUAAUAUUUAAGUAAACCAUGAGCAAUUUUUUUGUAUUGAAUAAAUUGGUUCUAUUGGAAAAAUUCAAAUAGUUCAAGAACCCGUUGCGAAUAAGUAUUAUAACAAUGGUUCAUACUAAAUUCUCUUAAAUUGUCUACUUUUUUGUGACGUUGCGUGUGUUUUUGUUUCCGCAUAUGUUUGAAUGGCCGCAAAAAUAAAGGCUUUUAGCCGAUUAUUGUAUUUUUGAAAAGUUUUGAAAUAAAAUUCUAUAUUUUGAGCGAA